GUUCUGGAGCAAAUUCAAAACAGCAAGAUAUAUAUCCUGUCGAAAUAAUGUAAUGAAUGAUGUGUAAAGCUCGCGCAAUUGUUUCAUUCAUUAUUUCGAUACUUUCUUUCGACCUUUUUAUUUUCGGCACUUUUUCUUGACAUUCUUGGACAUUUUAAAUUUCAAUAUAUCGUACCAGACCCUGCUGCAAUAGCUCUAGUCUUCCACGGGUUAACUUCACAGUGGCUACUUAAUUGGCGUGUUCAGUGCUUGUAAGAUUCUACUUCUACGUUCUAAGUUCCGUCCCUCUCAUAAUUUUUAAUUAUUUUUGUGCCAUCAAAAAACGGGCAAAAUAAACAAAUAAAUGCAAAAGUUGAAAUUCACCACUCUACACUCAGUCGAUACUGAAUUUUCGGCUGAUUCUAUAGAAUGGUGCCCUCAUCCAAACUUUCAAUCUUACUUUGCGUGCGGCACCUAUCAACUAGAAGAGCACUCCAGCAACAAUAUCGCAAUGCGCAGUAGACGAAAGGGACGUAUAUACCUGUAUAAGUUCUGUACAUCUACCAAGCGCCUGAUUGAAAUGCAUCGAGUGGAAACGGCUGCUGUUCUUGACAUGAAAUGGCUUGUCGGGCAGGCAAAUGAAAAUCCGCUAUUGGGUGUUGUUGAUUCCUUCGGUCAACUUCAGCUUUAUGAAUUGGAAAAUUGUGUAUUAAAAAUGACUGGGACCUUAGAACUAAAUCCCGAUAUUGAUGAUAUAUUGGCAUUGUCCUUGGAUUGGCGACAUUCGAGAAAUUCAGUGACCAGUCAAUUUCAAAUAUUGGUCUCGGACUCCAAGGGGGGCGUAAACCUAAUCGAUUACGAGCCAGAGUGUGAACUCAAAAAGUCGGUUGUGUUUGCAGCACAUGGGUUUGAGGCAUGGACGUGUGCUUUCGAUAAAUGGGAUUCCAACUGUAUUUACAGCGGGGGUGAUGAUGUGCUCCUACUAGCUUACGAUCUGCGAUCCGGAACGUGCAUUUUCACCAACAAAUCGCACAAUGCCGGAGUAACAUGCCUGCUCAGCCAUCCAUUACGUGAGCACCUAUUGUUGACGGGCAGCUAUGACGAGCAUCUGCGUACGUUCGACACACGCUUAAUGAAACAACCUUUGGGAGAACUGAACCUGGGUGGAGGAAUAUGGCGCCUUAAAGCCGAUCCAUUUAAGUGUAAUCUUAUCUUAGCAGCUUGCAUGUACCACAAUUUCAGUGUCGUUCAGCUUGUUGAUGGACUUGUGGAUGGGCCUAAACUCAUUGGUGAAUACUAUGAGCACAAAAGUAUUUGCUACGGCGCAGAUUGGUGUCGCCAUGUGGACGAUAAUCAGGAUUUGUACACUGCAACUUGUUCAUUUUACGACCACAAGCUUUGUGUGGCUCAGAUAGACGAGGAAGAUCGCUAGUGGAAACUGGAGUUUUGAUUUAUAAAUACCUGAUUUCAAUACAAACAUCUUGGAACUCAAAAAUAUCGUUGCCAGCUUCGAAUGCUGCACUUUGAUGGUUCGAAAUCAGCUGGCGCAAAGGAAGGAAUAGCGAAAUAAUAGGCCAUAUACAUAUAUGAAUAAAAACUACGAUUAUUUCCUAAUAAAUUUUUAUUUAACUAAUGUUUCCUCACUUUAUAAAAAAUAGUCAUUUAUUUAUUUGCUUCCAGUAGAUCAAUGUACAUACCCAGAUGAUUGCCAGCAUUUCUUUUUCAUUUGCGGCAUAGUUCUCCUCGGUUUUAAUUAGGGAUCGGGAUAUAAAGGUUAUUGGUUUACCUGCUUGCUCGAGGACGGCUCCUAGAGCGUAGUUGGAUGCAUCGGUGGUAAGAUGAAACUCCUGUUUGAAGUUUGGGUAGGCUAGCACGACUUCCUUUGAUACUAAUGAAGAUUUAAUUCUAUUAAAAGCCUCUAAGGCGUUUUUAUCGAGCACAACUAGCUUUUUGCUUGAGGAAUUUUUGGACACGCGUCCAUCUUCCCCUCUCAAAAGCGACGUCAGAGGUUUCGCUAACUUGGCGUUAUCUCUGAUGAAGCGUCGAUAAUAGCCUGACAGGCCAAGAAAAGCCCUCAAGUCCUUUAGUGUUCUUGGACACGGAAAUUCUUGAAUUGCUUUUACUUUAGUGGGAUUAGUUAGAAUCAGACUAAUUAAGGAAGAGCUAAUUAAUAUAAAAUAUGCCGUUCAAUGGGCAAAGCAUAAUAUAAUAAAUUCAGUAAUGUUAAGCAAGGAAGAAAUAGAUAUGUGAAUUAGUAAAUUAAGAGAAGACGAAGUACCAUUUAAAAGUGCCGAAAAAGCACUAGAACUAUCAAAAGUAAAUGUAUUUAGCCAAGAUAUGAAAAUUUUAUACAUGGUAAAAAUACCUCUAACAUUAAAAGAAACAUUUAGAAGAAUUAUUAUACGACCUGUAAAAAG